AUGGUGGAAAUUCUUUUGGUCCCUACACAUACUGCAAAUGUCAAAAUUUUUGCUUGGCGAGUUCUCCAUGACGCAUUACCAGUAGCUACUUCACUUGUUAGGAGGAAGAUCAUAACCGAUUCGACUUGCUCGAUCUGUAGACAAUCUUGGGAAUCAACGAGGCAUGCACUCUUCAGUUGUAAAUAUGCCAAGGCUGUUUGGCGAUCUCAGAACUUUUCGUUCAAUUGGCAUGCUUGUACCUCGAUGCGAAGUGGUGAUUACUUGCUGCAUCUUUCAACCACAUACACUAAGUUUGAGAUGGAACAAAUUUUUUGUACUAUGUGGGCCAUCUGGACAGAGAGAAAUAAGGUAGUGCAUGGUUCAACUGCACGAUCAGCCCAGAAUUUGGCCACAUUUGCCUCUGUUUGGCUUCAGAAUUAUCGAGCAGCUCAACAACACCAUGCUUCAACUGCUUCUACAUCAGCAGCGCCACAUCAGCAACCACAGGCGACGACAACUUCAACUUCUGCACCAGCAGCUUCGCACCAGCAACGUGCACAAACUCAGUCUCAAUCGUGGUCCCCUCCAACUCCAGGCGGCUUUAAGUUGAACGUUGAUGUAGCUGUCAAUCCUUCAAUGAAUACAACAGGUGUGGGGGCUGUUAUUCGAGAUUCUAAUGGACACGUUGUGGCGGCUAUGUCAAUGCCAAUUGUUGGUAAUUUUAAAUUUCAUGAAAUGGAAGGCAAAGCACUCUUCCACAGUCUCAAUUGGGCUAUUCAACAACAGUUACCGGUUACACAAGUCGAGACUGAUGCCCUCAUGGUGACAAAUGCUUUGACUGCUCCCUUCAAUCCAAAUUCCUCUUUUUCAGAUUUAAUAGUUGAUGUAAUUAGUCUUUUAUUCUUUUUCCCUAACGUACGUUCUGCAAAUGAAGCGGCUUAUGGCCUUGCUAAGUUUGCUUUAGGGGUGGAUGAGACUUGUUCUUGGUUGGAGUACUUUCCUUCUUCCACCUUAAAUUUCACUCCCAAAUCUAAACCCUAA